AGACGGCUCCCUUUCCUGCAAUUCUCCUCCUGCCCCGUGUGGAGCCGCCGGCUUCCUGUUCUUGGGUCCUAGCCGGAGGUGGGCUCUCGGAACCGGGGCUGCGCUGCUGCCCGACUCGUCCCCCUUGGAGCCCCGGCCCGGCUCGCAGCUGCCGGAUAGUGGCAGGGAGGGGGAGAUACUGGAGCAACUGGGCGCUCUCCAGCUGCCGAUAACCCCGUCUCCGCCGCAGAAGAGCCUCCGUCCUCUCGCCGAGUCUGGAGUUUUUGUUUGUUUGUUUGUUGGCUGUUGGGAUUAUCGGCUUUUUUGUUUCUUAUUUCCCCCACCACCACCACCUUCACCUUCCUCUCUUUUGGAAACGUUUAAUUAAAUUUAAUUGAGGAACACGCGUCCCUCCCGCACCCUGUUGCACCCUCACCGCCGGCCGGCAGUCUGCUGAAGAAGAAAAAGAAGAAGGAAGUUUUUUUUUUUUAAAUUGAACUUUAUUUUUAUUUAUUUUUUUACAAACGGUCCUCCGCUGACUCCCCCACCCUGUACAAAACCGUACAGUUUCCUGAGGGUGUAGGGGGUCGGGGUGUAUAUAUAUAUGUAUUUAUUUUUUUUAUCAAUAAAGGAGAAGUCCGUUGACUUCGAUGGGGCCCGCUGUGCGCCGUGACGCGUCGGCGCCCUGGUUGAACUUUUGCGGGCCGCGAAUCUCUCCCCUUCCGCCGGUAGGACUUGCGGACUGAAAUGGAGACGUAGCAGUUCUCCUUAUUAUAUGUUUCGGCGCAGGCUCGCUUCCCUCCCCCCUGUCCUCCUCCUCCUCCUCCCCUCCUCGGCGGUCUUUUCGUCUUCCGUUUCGCGGUCUCAUCCCUCCUGCCUGGGACGCGGACUCCCAAGCGACCGGCGGCGGCGGCGGGCGCCGGCCUCCCUCCGCCCCGGGCCUCCUCAUGAGCCGGGCCGGCGGGGCGGGACAGGCGAGGGCCGCGGCGCUUGCGAGAGACAGGGAGUGUGACUGACCGAUAGACCGACCCCCCCAUCUCCUUCCCCCAGGGGGGGGGGGGAAAGAGAGGGCUUUUUUUUCCUCUCCCUCCCCCCCCUCUCCCUCCGCAAUGGAGCCGCUGAAAAACAUUUUCGCCCGCGGCCCGCUGUCCGGCUGGAAGGCCGGCCUGGACGCGCCGCGGGCGGCGGCGGCGGCGACGACGACGGGCAACUUCACCAACCCGGUGUGGACCGCCCUGUUCGACUACGAGGCGGCCGGCAAGGAUGAGCUGACCCUCCGCAAGGGCGACCUGGUGGAGGUGCUGUCCCUGGACUCGGAGGUGUCCGGGGACGAGGGCUGGUGGGCGGGCAAGGUGAACAACAAGGUGGGCAUCUUCCCCUCCAACUACGUCUCCUUCAAGCCCAGCGCCUACGGCCCGCUGCCCGGCCCGGCGGCGGCGGCGGCGGCGGUGGUCGGGGCCGCCUGCGAGCCGGAGGAGGUGGACUUCCGGGAGCUGAGCCUGGAGGAGGUCAUCGGCGUGGGCGGCUUCGGCAAGGUGUACCGCGGCGUCUGGAGGGGCUCGCUGGUGGCCGUCAAGGCGGCCCGGCAGGACCCGGACGAGGACAUCAGCGCCACGGCCCAGAACGUGCGGCAGGAGGCGCGCCUCUUCGCCAUGCUGACGCACCCCAACAUCAUCGCCCUGCAGGGGGUGUGCCUGCAGGAGCCCAACCUGUGCCUCAUCAUGGAGUACGCGGCCGGGGGGGCCCUGAGCCGGGCGCUGGCGGGGCGCCGGAUCCCCCCGUACGUGCUGGUGAACUGGGCGGUGCAGAUCGCCCGGGGCAUGCUGUACCUGCACAGCGAGGCCAUCGUGCCCGUCAUCCACCGCGACCUCAAGUCCAACAACAGUGACUGCUCAGGAUUUGGUGCACCGACGGUCAAAACCAGGAUUGCGGAUCCCAGGAUUCCAGAGCAGCUUCGAACCCUCAGCCAGCCCCUGCGUCACCCGGCGCAGCCGAUCGAGAACGAGUACAUGGAGGGCAAGACGCUGAAGAUCACGGACUUCGGGCUGGCCCGCGAGUGGCACAAGACCACCAAGAUGAGCACGGCGGGCACCUACGCCUGGAUGGCCCCCGAGGUCAUCAAGUCGUCCACCUUCUCCAAGGGCAGCGACGUGUGGAGCUACGGCGUGCUGCUGUGGGAGCUGCUGACCGGCGAGGUGCCCUACCGGGGGAUCGACGGCCUGGCCGUGGCCUACGGGGUGGCGGUCAACAAGCUGACCCUGCCCAUCCCCUCCACCUGCCCCGAGCCCUUCGCCCAGCUGAUGGCAGAGUGCUGGGACCAGGACCCCCACCGCCGGCCCAGCUUCGCCUCCAUCCUGAGCCAGCUGACCGCCCUAGAGCAGCAGGUGCUGGAGGAGAUGCCCCAGGACUCCUUCCACUCGCUGCAGGAGGACUGGAAGGAGGAGAUCCAGGGCAUGUUCGACGAGCUGCGCGCCAAGGAGAAGGAGCUGCGGUGCCGUGAGGAGGAGCUGAAGCGGGCGGCGCUGGAGCAGAAGUCCCACGAGGAGUUCCUGCGGCAGCGCGAGCAGCAGCUGGCCCAGUGGGAGCAGGACGCGGACUGUGAUUUUCACUUUGCUUCUCUCCCUGGUCUUGCAGUCAGCCCCAGUGAGAACAGCCGGACCUGGGGUCUGGGCUCUGCGUGGACGCUGGACUCCCUGUCCAGUAAAUACCCCAACGGGGAGAGACGCCUGGCCGCUCCGUGGAGCCCCCAGAGCCCCAAAGUCCUGCAUCUCAGCUCCCCGGACAGCAGGACGAGGCUUCUGGAGGAGGAGAACGCCCAUCCCCGCGCGGAGGGUGAGGAGCCGAGGCCGGCCGCCUCGCCGUCUGCCCACAACGGUACGGUCGCGCGCGCUUACACAGACCGGGGCCGAGGGGUGGCUCUGUGGGCAGGGCAGGAUGGGGCAGUUCUGGACGUCUCUCGAAGCCGGGCGCCCCCUCUCUCCGGCUGUCUCCCGGGAUUCGGGAACAGCCCGGCCCGCGGAGGAGGAGGAGGCUGGAUCCGAAGAUUGACGGGGGGGGAAGGGAGACUUGAAUCUGUCCUCCGCCCCCCGGAUUUUGCCGAGAUCGCGGAUGCCGGGAGCGGGCUCGGCUCCGGAUCCCGCAGGGAGGGGGGGCGAUCCGGGAGACCCAUGGGCUGA